AUGGUCUUCCUGCAUGUAGCACGGCUUCUGGCCUUUACCAAUACGGUUUCUGCCUUCUCUUUGACAUUCUACGUAGGCGAUCAGUGUCGCGGUGAACGGCUUGGUGGCUUCGACGUCUCAAUUGAAGACAACUGCGUACCUGACGAUUUAUACAGCACGGCUUCUUCAUCGGUCACCAUUACUCGACAAGAUGGGGACCAGCUCGACCACAUGCUGUACUUCUUCGAAGGCGACACUUGCGAUAUAAACAACCCUGCUAAUCCUGUUGCUGCCGGUAACACGGGUUGUAUCAAUGUCGGAUUCGGCAGAAACGAUUUCUCAGCCGUCAGAGUCUUUGGUGGAGGUGGCAGUCCACAGCAAGUCGCUUCGCGUAGGACACGCACGGCGGGCAAUAGACGAGUCGCUCCUCGCAGGGCACGAUCAGUGGGCGAGCUCCAGCACGGCGAUGUAUUUGAGCAAGACGGCAAGGACUACCGCUGGCAGCAGAUUGCCCGUGGCACCUUCACCGGGGUGCCUACGGACAAAUGGGAUACCGCAUUUCGAGUGAUGAACGAUGAGCCCCUGAUCUUCAACGCAAGCUAUCCUUUCAAUUUUGAGGAGUACUACAUGGCCAACCCCAAUAUGGCACCCCGAGGUCGAACUCAGAAUGAUAGCCCAGGUGUGUCCCUCGCCGAACAACCUGACGCUAUGCUUGUCCCCGAAUUGCUCCCUUUCUGUCGACGCGCGUAUGAAUGCGUCGUAUAUCUCCCCUGGGCUGCCAGCAUAUACUUCCCAGCCCAGACAGAGUACGUCGUCAAUGCCAUAGAAGCGGCACGUACCCAGGCCACCCUAGAAAACCUCUGGAACUUCCUCCUGCAGCCCGUCAUCAUCCCCAUCGGCACAGGUGUCGCUACGGGCUACAUCUCCGCCCAGCACUUUUCCUCAGGCUCUGCCAGUGAAGUGCCAAGCACCUGCUCUCAAGCAGAAGACACCGCCGUACUGGCUGCACUGAUCAAUAGUGGCGCCGUCACCGAAGACCAAGUCAACGCUGUGCGUGCUGAAAUUUACGACUCCAACGCUGCACAGGCAGCGACGAUUGCCGUGGCCAUCGUGCCGGAGUACGUCAACAGCGGGAACCAAAUCUGCGGUGCGCCGAUCAUGGGCAAUACGCUUGUUGCAGCUAGUGAUAGAAGAUGA